AGGUUAUGUUGCCCGUUAUUCGACAUUCGACCCAUUCGACGUGCUGCCUGCGAUAUUAGCUCAUCUUUCUUUCUGGGAAACCCUAGAUUGUUUAUUGAAUAAAUUGACUUUCCUGACAGUCCAGCUUUGAGUUCUUGCAAAAUGAGUGACAUGUUUGGAUCUGGUAGCUCGAAUUUGGGGGAUGACACCAACAAGGAAAAGUUGCAAGAGGAACUUCAGCAGCUCACCGCUUUAUCAGAACUGCAAGCCCAAGUCGUUGAAUUUACUGACGUUUGCUGGGACAAAUGUAUGGGAACACCUGGAGCUAAAUUAGAUGCCAAGACCCAGACAUGUAUGCAGAACUGUGUGGAACGAUUUCUUGACGUGACUAUGUUUGUCACCAAUAGGUUUGCUCAAAUUGUGGAAAAAAGCCAACAAAUGAGAUGAAAUUUACCAGCAGUAGAGCGUAUUAGUCAAGUCAAAAAGUGCUCUUGUUUAUUGGUUACACAAUUGGCCACUCAACUCUUGGUUGUUGCUGUCUGGAUUUACGUCUGUGUUAUGAGUGUAAGUGGUUCGAGAGUAGUUAUACAUCCAUGUGUAAAUGUGUUUCUUUUGUAGAAUUAAGUUCCUUAUUUUCACUACAAUAAAUAUGUCUAAUAUCAUUUA